GUAUCCACCCCUCCAAGACGAGUUCUCAUCGCUCAAGGAAUCACAGAGGGAUAUGAAAAUUAAAGGAAUGGCAAAGCUGGGGUCCGACUUGAUGCUGUGUCGAGUUGAUGACCUGGAUCUCAUCGAGGGAAAGGCCGGCGUGGAGAGGCAGCUCGGCUUCCUCAAACAGCUCGCGGCGGUGAUUCCAGCACGGCAAAGUAUCGGGAUCUCCGACUCCGGAUCUUUCUCCAGCACAUUUUCAAGCCAAGAGGAAUCUUUCCGAGAGGUGGCGAGGAAGAACGAAAAAUUCCUGAAGCAGGUCUUCGGCAGCCCGAACCUUCAGGCCGUGCUGAGCCCGGAAUGCAACCCCUGGAGCGCGGAUAUCAAGCCCCUCCUGCUCGACGAAGAGGCGCUCCGGAAAAGGUCCCACCUGCCAGUGGCCUCCCAUGAGAGAACUCUGUUGGAGGUCUCAAAGGAGCUGGAGGAGACGACCGCUGCAUUGCAAGACCUAAGAGCACAGUGCUCCUUCGUGCGUGGGAGCCCGGCCGGUGCCGAACAGCCGCUUGACAGCGCGACGGCGCUGCAGACCCUCAAGCUGGCAGCCUCCGACUUCGGCCAGCUGCUGGUAGCCUUCGAGCAGGUGUACGAGAACGAGCUGCGGAAGCACUGCAAGCGCCCCGCGCCCCAGCUGAACCCCUGCGGCCCCCUCUUCAAAGCCGUGCAGCAGGAUCUUUCGCUCUGCUUGCAGGAGUUGACAAGCCUGGCCCAGGUCACGGAAACGUCGGAGAACAUCGCGGGUAUGGUGGACCGGAAGCACGAAGAGAAGCUGGUAUGGAGGGGCUCCGUGAAAGCCACGUUGCCUUCAAAGCUUGAAGAGCUGCAACAGAAAUACAAGGCCAUCCACGCCACGCUUCACAAACUGCCGGCGAUCCUGAGCAACGCAGAGGCGACCAUCUCGCUGUGAAAGGGAGGCUAGACCCAGAUGGUGGAAACCCUGCUUGUGCGCGUGUGUGUCUCCCCCACCCCCAGUACAUAAAUUAAUAUAAAAGAAAGAGCUUCUUUUUACUUUCCCGGUGUGUCCUCUCUGGUGGGGGUAGAAAGUGCCAUUAAAUCG